AUGUUUAAUCAUGAUUGGAAGUACUCCAUCAAUUCAAAGACAUUCUCUGAUCUAAACAUUGAAUUAUUUCGAAACUACAAGUUCAAAACCGUUUUAAACUAUAUAAUAGGCAUAGUAGGGUGGAAUGGAUUGAAAGUGGCUCUUUUUGUAUCAGACGUUUACACAUGUAUCAAACUACUGGCAUUCGACUCGUGGUCAAAUAACGUCAUCAAGCCAUACUUAUCGUUCAAAAUAUCCAAAUGGUUGUUUAGUGGUUGUAUUUUAGCAUCUAUUGUACUAUUGAUAUGGGAAGUCAUAGCAGGAAUGAGAAUCUACAGGACAGGAAACAUCUCAUUGACAUACGUGAAUAUUUUUUCCAGAAAUCUAAACUCAGUACUUAAUUAUUCCAAGUUUUGUGUUUAUAAUUUUAUCGAACGAAAAGGUUUUCGACAAAAAAUGACUUUUUUUACUUUCUUUCAACUAAAAGAUUGUAUUAGGCUAAUUUUCACAGAUACUCCAAGGCAAGUUAUCAAUGGCCUUACAUUAUGGUCCGUCCUCGUAACAGUUAAUAAAAACGACGACUUGGGGGAUCUGGAAUCAUUUACGGGUUUAAUCAACAAAAUAAAAAAUAUUGGCCAGACGAAUCAUGAGGAAGCGGUGAUAUUGUCGCUUAUGUUAUUUUCGUUCAUUCUUUGGGCAUUGUUUGUGUUCAAGUUCUUCCUUGCUAUCAUUUGCUCUAUUUUUGUUUAUUAUAGAAUAAUCAAUGAUCAACAAUACAGUGGUUUGCGUGAAUAUAUUUGUGUUACCGUCAGCGAAAAUAUUGACGAACUUGUUGAAAGGCAAAGGAAAAAGGAAAAUGAUAAUACGAUUUAUAAGUCAGGUCUUCUUGAGUCUCAAACUUUUAAUGAUUUCAACGAGCUUGAAAGUAAAGUCGAAUCAGCUUUUAAUGAGACAUCAUAUACUUCCAAUAAUGAUUCUACGAUCGAACUGAUAGAGAGAGGACCCGAAAGCAUAAGCCAAGAUGCAUAUGGGCCUAUUCUAACAAUGAAGAAGACAGAAACAAUGGAGUCUAUCGUCGACAACGGUAAUCUACAACAUGUAACUAGAUUUUCUGCAAUUUUGGACUCUUCACAUAUGAAUAGCUAUAAUGACAAAAACAUAAAGAUAACGGAAGAGCAAACCAGGAAUGUUAUAGAUAUUUCGAAAUACAAGAAUCUGCCUUUAGGGAAUUUUAGUCAAAAUUCUUCCACUAUCAAGUUAUUAGAAUCUACACCCUCUAGGGAAUUUCACAAGCCGUCAGAUUCAAAACUGAAUAUAACGAGCAACUUUAGUAGACCCAGACCACCUAGCAUACAGACAAGCGGGUCGGUGAAUCUAAAUGCCGCUCCAAAGGAUUAUGGGAGGGUAUAUACCCCGAUGAAAGCGCAUUUCAGGGAAGCUGAUCUUCCGAGAAAGGGUUUGCUAGAAGAUGAAGGUUGUGCAAAUUAUUAUACUUAA